GCCCUGGCACAGUUGUGUAUAUAAGGCGUACCUAGCUCCGGGUCCUCGUCAUUUCAGCGACACAUUUUAAACCACCAUGAAGCUUAUACUGGUUGUUUUGGGUAUCUUUUUGUUCUAUGCUGUCACGGAUGCUGACAUCUUGUGCAGUGACCCACGUGGUCGGGCUGGCAGUUAUAUAGGUGGCGCCCCUGACGGCUGUGAGUGCACCAACGUGGUCAAGAACCUCUGUUCCAGAGCGUACACACAGACUAGGAACUGGAAAAGAGGGACUAAAGUAUGGGGCAAUUGCAACAGAAUCCAGCAAUUCACUGCUAUCGCAACGUUUCCCAGUGGUAGCUACAGUGGCCACGCUGCCAUAUUUGAUUCUUGCACUAGUAACGGGAUCAAGGUGUGGGACCAGUGGUGUGGCCGUGGGAAGAUGGACUCUAGAAUCAUACGAGUCGGUAAUAACUAUCACUACCCCAGCAACGCGGCGGAGGCUUUCUACACCAUCGAAGUCUGAUGUGCCUGGCUUUAAACGCAGCUACAGCUAGCGCAGUAGAAGACGGCGUUUCUUUUAGACUCAGACUUUUACGAUGGAAUAAUGAAGAUUGAGAAAAACUGACAUCAAAUUGUUUGCUAUGAAAAUAAAUGUUAAUUUUGAACGACAUACUUUUAAAUUCAACUGAAACUUUUGAGUGAGAAUAAAUGUUGAAUUCUCUGAUA